AUGUCGAACAAGACUUACACCUCACAAGAAUUGGGUAUCCACGGGACGCCGUCUCAAACUUCAUUGGAUAAUCCGGGAAAACCAGAUAUCGCAAAUGGAGAGGUAGUUCAUUCGGCUUCAGGUCAUCUGGAUGCCGUUUAUGGUGUCGGUGGUGUGGGACACACACAGAGAAGAUUGAAGGCUAGACAUGUUACCUUUAUUGGUUUUGGUGGUGGUAUUGGUACGGGUCUUUUCAUCGGUACUGGUGCAGCUUUAGCAAAUGCUGGUCCUUUGGGUUUACUCUUGGCUUACAGUGUUGUCGGUCUUCUUCUUUGGUGUGUAAUGGAGUCAAUUGGUGAACUGGCCACUCUGUUCCCAACUGCUGGAUCAUUCCCCCAUUUUGCAACUCGAUUCGUCGAUCCCGCUCUCGGAUUUACUCUCGCCAUUUCUUACGGUUAUUGUUACACCAUUGCUAUUGCUUCGGAAGUUUCAGCAGCCGCCAUCGUAGUAUCUUACUGGACAGACAUCACACCCGCUCUCGUGAUUUCUAUAGGACUCGUCGCGAUUUUCCUCAUCAAUAUCGCCAACGUCAAGUUCUACGGUGAAGCAGAGGUCGUCACUGCUUCCAUCAAAAUUCUUUGUUUCUUAGGAUUGAUUAUCGUCUCUAUCGUCAUCACAGCCGGAGGCGCACCCAAUCACGAGUCCGUCGGGUUUAGAUAUUGGAAAGAUCCAGGUCCAUUCGUUCCCUACGAUGGAAUCACCGGGAACAAAGGUAACUUCCUCGCAUUCUUCAGUGCAUUCAUCAACGCCAGUUUCUCCUACAUCGGUGUUGAAACCGUCGUUGUCGCCGCUGCGGAAACCGAAAAUCCACAUAAAUCGAUCCCCAAGGCCGUUAAGCGUGUUACCUAUCGAAUCCUGUUUUUCUACGUCCUCGGUACGCUUCUCAUCGGAAUGAUCAUCCCCUCCAAUGAUCCAGCUCUCGUAAGUGGUACCGGUAACGCCAAUUCCUCACCUUUCGUCAUCGCGAUCAAGAACGCCGGCAUCUCCGUCCUCCCAUCUAUUGUCAACGCAUGUAUCCUUACCUCCGCCUGGUCCGCUGGAAACAGUUACUGUUACAUUGGUGCGCGAAUGAUUGUCGCCAUGGCAGUCGAUCGUCAAGCGCCCCAAUGUUUCGCUAAGGUCAACAGAUGGGGUGUACCAUACUGGGCUGUCAUCGUAUCCUUCGCAUUCGGUCCGCUAGCAUACCUAAGUCUCGGUUCGGGAGGCGCAGCACAGGCAUUCACUUGGCUUCUUAACCUUAGUACGGUUGCGGGUCUUCUUGCCUGGAUGACUCUCUGUAUUUGUUAUAUUCGUUACCAUCACGCUUGCGUCGCUCAAGGCGUUGAUCGUAACAACCUUCCUUUCAAAGGACGCUGCCAACCACUCGCCGCAUAUGUCGGUGCUAUUGGGUCCGGAAUCAUUGUUAUCUUCUCUGGAUUCGGUGUCUUCAUCAAGGGCAAUUGGAGCACGGCGGAUUUCAUUGCUAGUUAUAUCGGUAUCGUCAUCUACAUCGCACCAUACGUUUUCUGGAAAAUAUUCAAGAGCACUAAAAUAUCGAGAUCGAAGGACGUGGACUUGUUCUCCGGCAGAUUCGAUGCUAGUUCUGCGCCGGUGGAACCGAUACCUACGACUGCAUGGGGCAAGUUCCUGGAUUGGUUAUUGUAA